AUGAAUCAACGAACAACUGCUGUAGUUCGAACACCAGCCCGAUGCACAACACCGUUUGAAGUGGUAACUGGAGUAAGACAAGGGGCAGUGGCAGGACCCUUCCGGUUCAAUUUCGCCAUCGACGACAUUAUGCGAAGAACAGUCGACCAGUGUCCUGCCGACAUUCUCUUAGCACCAUCAGGGUGCCCCUUGGCUGACCUCGAGUACGCCGACGAUGUUGUUAUUUUCGCGGAAAGCAGUACGAAACUUCAACAUGUUGUCAACCUUGUAUCGAGGCUGGCUGCAGCCUAUGGACCACGCCUACGCCCCGAUAAAUGCAAGUAG